AUGGCUCGGCUGCAUCUCUGGUCCAGCCACAUGGCUGCGUUGACUGUGAUAGCGUUAAUGGCCUCUCUGGUUACUGCCAUCCAGCCAAAUUGCACCUCACUCAGCACAGAUGGCCCAUUGCAAAUCACCCCAGACUGCGUUGACCCCAUCUAUCACACCCCAAUCUAUACCAACAAUACCGACGAGACGGACCCUGUCACACACCGCAAGGUAUCUGGAUACUUCAACGGCACCGAAAUCGCAUUCAACAUCUACAUGCCGCACCAAGGCUGGGAAGGUCGUUUCUUCCAAUUGGUGUUCCCAACACAGCCCUCCGCGGGCUCGUCUGGAGAAAUUGGCUUUGGCGCUGAGAGUGGCGGGUACACUGUGCACGUUGCCGGGACGGGAGGAUAUCGAGCUGAUGCGGCCGUUGCGAAACUAUCCAGACAGAUAGCACGGGAGUUUUACCAGCAGCCGUCGCAGAGAAUCUACGGGUACAUCUACGGUGGCAGUGGCGGGUCUUUCAAGACGGUUGGUGCGAUGGAGAAUACACGUUCUGUCUGGGAUGGAAGCGUCCCUCUGAUCCAGGGGAUUCCGAUUUCAGAUCCCACCGGAUGUUCAAUCACCUCGUUUGGAGGGCUGGUAUUAGGGAACGUAUCUGAGCAGAUCCAAGAUGCUGUCCGUCCUGGGAGUACCAUCGCUCCGAGCGAGUUUUUAACAGAUGCUCAGCGUGCUGUGUGGGAAGAGGUAUCAGCGUUGGGAAUGCCACCUGCUGCAUGGGAGGAUUUCGACGGCAGCGGUCGAAACAGAUCGCAGGUUUAUGAGCUUCUUCGAGCGGCAGCGUCUAGUAUGAAGUCGGUGGAUCCGACCUAUGUUGAUGACUUUUGGAGUCAGCCAGGAUAUCUGGGGACGGAGGAGUCCGCGCUGGGAGAGCUGUUCCGAGAGUCUUUGAUUGACUUUAAUGCCACUGUUCGUGUGGUUAAUCGUGGCUCAGACAAUACUCCGGUGGACAUUGAGGUAGAUGUAUCGCCAUCCAAAGCGCCCCGGCGCAAUUGGUAUGACUUUACCGUUCAGUCGGGAUGCAGUGCAGGGAGCACAUUCACUGGCAUCAUGGAUCCAGACUCGACAAAGGUCAUCCUCUACUCGGACAACAACAGCACUGUUCUGAACUGUCUGGAGGACGGCGUGAAGCUUCGCGUCGACAACAGAUGGUACCUCGCCCUGCAUACUUUCCACCGACACGAGCUCCCGACAGACAGAGACUACCAUGUCUUGGACUACCUCCGCAAUGAAGAUGGCACACCCCGUUAUCCCCAGCGCAGCGUCCUCACAGCUCCUAUUUUCGCUGAGUCCGCGAGUGGCGGCGGCACCAACACUGGCAACAUCACCGGCAAGAUGAUCGUCAUGGAUAACCUCUUGGACAACAAAGCGUUCCCCUGGGAAGCCGAUUGGUACCGCACACAAGUGAAAAACUUUCUUGGAAAGCAGUUCAGCAACCAAUACCGUUUGUACUACUCCGACAACGCUGACCACGAAAUGGGACCCGUCGAGGAUGCCGUGAAAUACCGUCUCAUCGACUUUACCGGGCUGUUCGAACAACACCUGCGUGAUCUCAGCGCCUGGGUGGAGAGGGGAGUCGAGCCUCCAUCCGUCACCAACUAUACGAUCCAGAACGGCCAGGUCAAAGUCCCUGAAUCUGCAUCUCAACGUGGUGGCAUCCAGCCCGUCGCUCAUUUGAGGGUACAGGAUAGCACACGGGCAGAAGUUCAAGUCGGAUCGCCGGUGACUCUUCAAGCCUCCAUCGAAGUGCCGAAUAAUGUUGGAAAGAUUGUUUCUGUUGAGUGGGAUGUUUAUGGAAAUGCAAGCUUUGUCCCGGUGGACUUUGGAGCGCCCAGGGCAAUGGUAAAUGUGAAUGUCACUCAUACGUACACGGAGCCGGGUGUAUACAUCCCCAGCAUCAGAGUGGCGUCUCAUCGGGAUGGAGAAUUAAAGGAUUCUUAUGCCCUGGCAUACAAUCUGGGUCGCGCGAGGGUUGUCGUUAAAGGAUAG